CUUCCCCGCGGUCUCCGCCAACGCCACUGGGCUUAUUACCGAGCCCCCCUUCCGCAGUGGAGCGCGACACAGGCGACCGACAUCGGUUAUGGAGUUAUGGAGGCCGCGGAAUCGAGUACCGAUAGCUCGCCGAAUUGCACCUUCGCGAUCCUCGCGUGCCUCGCGCUCUCGAUCGUCUACGUGGCGAGCCUAUAUGUCUGGAGUUCGCCGCACAACAGAGAGCAUCCGUCGACCAUAAAGAAACGAUUUUUUAGCGUAUUUGUCAUGACUCUUGUUUCACCAGCGCCCUUGUACUUUGGACUAAAUGAGAAAAUAUUUCGAGAGGCAACCAUCUGGGAUAUGCUGGGCCUUCGAUGGGUGGGUUUGGUACAGGCGACUGUGAUAUCGUUGCUCCUAACGAUGAUCCUGUUUCUAGGUCCCUUAAGUUUACAGGGAUUCAACGGACGACUGUUCACCGAGCCCAUAUACUGGCUGGGAGGUUUACGAACUUUAACUUGGUGGAGAAAUCAGGUGGUUGCUCCAUUGUCCGAGGAGUGGACCUUUAGGGCAUGCAUGUUGCCGUUGCUUCUGCAAUGCUUCACACCGACUACUGCCAUAUUCGUGUGCCCCCUCUUCUUUGGGGUGGCUCACUUCCAUCAUGUGGUGGAGAGAGUAAAGAUGGGAAUGAGCAUUAAACGCGCGUUAGUUAUAUCCUGUUUUCAAUCUGCGUACACGACAAUUUUUGGGGCGUACGCAGCCUUCCUCUUUGCGAGAACAGGACACUUCAUUGCACCAUUUGCCGCGCAUUCAUUUUGCAAUCACAUGGGAUUUCCCGAUCUUUCUGAAAUAGCGGCAUAUAAGGAUCCAUUGAAAAGAGCUGGAUUCAUGUGUCUGUUUGUGAUUGGCUUGGUUGCCUGGUGCUUCCUGUUGAUGCCAAUGACUCAUCCGUCAUUGUUCAAUAAUAAUUUAUUUUGGACUAAACACUUUAUAUGAGACACGUCCGAUCUUUAACAAAUAGGACAUAACAAAUUCUAGGGUUAAGUAUUUUUACGCAGAAUUUACUGCAGUUGUUCCACCAAUCUACCGGUUUACAUUGUUGUGGAAUAUUUUGUAUUUAUGUCUGACAGAGUACAAUACUUGUCUGUCGAAGAAUAUUGCGAGAAUUAAAAUUAAUUCAGACUAAUUUCAACUAUGUAUUCGAUAACGAUAUAUAAUUUAACUGAUCGUGCAAUUUGGCGUUGUUACAAAAUAUAUCACCGUAGUGCCUGAGAGUUAGACUUUUAUAGUGGCGCUUACGAAUGUCACAACAACUACUAGAUAGACGAACGUAUUCGUAAAACUAAAAUGUGCAAAAGAUCUCUAACUCAAAUUAUUAUUUACGAAUUGUCGCAUUUAUAUGCCGCAACAUUACAUUAUUUCACGAUCACGAUCUGUUAAAUGUUAUCGAUAUUUUCAAACAGAGAUUUUUGUAAACAAAAGUUAAUGUAAUCUAAUGAGAAAAUUUCUAAAACGAUCUUUCUAAUCGUCUACUUUUAUAACAGUCUAUAUGUAUAGUGUAUAUACGAUGUCUAUAUGGCAGUGAUAAAUAUUCAAAUAAAUAUAUACACGUACCAUCGCCAUACACUCAUACCAAUGGUUUAUUUAAAUCACAGAAGUAAUGCGGAUACGCAACAAUUAUUAUUAUAAGUUUUAUAUAUGUAUAUGUACAUCGAUGAACGCUAUACAUUAUAUAUGCAGUAAAGCCAUUGUAAAGUAAUUGUAUAUAAUGAGAGUACAAUUCGGUUUUCGAAUAUGUGUAAUAUUUUAAAUUGCACACAUAAUGUAUAUCGUUCUUUAAUCGAGAGAUGAAUGGUCAGCUUCUUGAAUAAUAUUCAGGGCAUGAAAUGUUGAUACAAUGUUGAAAUAGAUAUAAGCUAGUGUUUAGCUUUACAGUCGAAGCAAAAUCCCUAUAUAGAAUUAUUUAAUAUAUAACGACGGUUACAAUGAUUUACAAUUUAUUAACAUUUAUCAGAAUUUAAAAAAUAUGAUAAACUUGUUUUAAUGCGUUGCGAGACAUUAAAAUAAUGUGACAAAUAACAUGAUUUCGUGUAUGAUCAGCUCGUAUUUGAUUUACUUUGUAACAUCGAUAAAGAAUAUAUAUAAACAAAACGUUUAACUUA